CUCGUGGGCUCUAGAGUGCAGGCUCAGUAGUUGUGGCACAUGGGCUUAGCUGCUCCACAGCAUGUGGGAUCUUCCUGGACCAGGGCUCAAACCCAUGUCCCCUGCACUGGCAGGCAGGUUCUUAACCACUGCACCACCAGGGAAGCCCUAUCAACUCUUUACUCAGUGCCUGACCCUGUGCCAGCUUGGUAGCUGGGGCCCACAGGGGCAUCCCUUACAGAUGUUGGAAAACGUGGGGAUGUGGGUACAUCUGUAGCUCUCAGCUUCUCAGAGGGGUUCCUGACCCAGAAGUAACUGAGACUUGCUUUCCUGGUGUCUCUGUGCCCCUGGGAGCUUGUGAGGUGGGGAGGCAGUGGCGGGACAGGGAGGGCCUGGGAAUAGCUUGGGCCUCGUGUGGCUGCCGUCCGAGUGUCCCAUGACCAGGAGAGUGGCCUUAGGGGUGGGCUGUCUGGGCACACAGCCAUAAGGACUUGCUACAAGUAGCCCAAAAUACUGAAUUUUAUCGUUAGAAUCCAUGCAGUUUUGCAUCCCUUUUCUUCCUGUCCUGGGCGCUGGGUUUAGCCAGUGAUGACGAUGGCUCUGCACUGUCACUGACGUCAGAUGCUCUGCAGAUGCAGAACCGGGGAGGAGAGAGCACAAGUGUGUCAAACAAAAACAAGGUGAGGAGAGAUUUGUGUCCCACAGGGUCACUGUGGGGGGAGGUCCGGCCCAGGGCCCUGUGAGCUCUCCAAAGGCAGGUGGCAGGGGCUUGCUCCAUGGGAGGGGCAGCCCAGGCUAGGAGAGAGUGGGGUGGGAGGGGCAGGUGGUGUGAUCUGACAGAGGAUCAGGGGGUGCAUCACCCCAGGACAGCCUGUCUCAGGCUACGGGGUGGGUCAGAGUUCAAGGCCCUGAAGGAAGGAGAUAUGAACGAAGGUUUUAUCAAGUCCAGUUCGUGGGCGCUUUGUUCCGAUGGAUGUGUCAGCCAGUCCCAUCUGCAGUCUGCGUGUGGCUUGUGGUGGGUGGACAGGGGUGUCUGUUAGUCUUCUCUAGGGCAAGAGGGGAGGGGGCCCUUUGCAGGAUGCGUUCCCAGAGCACUGUGGGCGGCGUCCCCGGUCUCUGGUCUCGUGGCCUCCGGGAUCCCAGGCGGGUCCCCGUGGUCAGGAGCCAGGAGAGCUGCCCACGGCCGCUCGGGCCAGCGGGGCGCUGCUGCCAGUGUUGGGAGAAGGCGGGUUCCUGGCCGUCCUGCGGGACAUGGGCAGUGGCAGCCUCUCCUUCCUGGGAUGUGGUGUCUGCACCUGCUGCUCCCUGUUUGAUGGCUCUGGGCUUUGUCCUUGGAGGUGUUCUGUCCCUGCCGCUCCUUCCCUCAGGCGCCCCACCCACCCCCGUGAAAGCAUCUGUUGUCAAAUUCGUCUCGUUCCCGGGGCUGCUGUGUGUCUGCUCUUCGUCCCUUGAGCUGGUUUCUAACAUCCUAUUGGUUCCCUCAUUAGUUAAUGAGUUAUAUCUUUUUUUUAAAAUUUAUUUUAAUUAAUUUAUUGAUUUUUGGCUGCGUUGGGUCUUCGUUGCUGUGCGCGGACUUUCUCUAGUUGCACUGAGCAGGGGCUACUCUUCGUUGCAGUGCGUGGGCUUCUCAUUGCAGUGGCUUCUCUUGUUCCGGAGCACGGGCUCUAGGCACGCGGGCUUCAGUAGCUGUGGCUCGCGGGCUCUAGAGCGCAGGCUCAGUAGUUGUGGCACAUGGGCUUAGCUGCUCUGCGGCAUGUGGGAUCUUCCCGGACCAGGGCUCGAACCCGUGUCCCCUGCACUGGCAGGCGGAUUCUUAACCACUGCGUCACCAGGGAAGUCCAUGAGUUAAAUCUUUGACAUGGGUUCAUUUUAUAUUUGUAGGAGUUAUGCUUUUCCUCUUUAAAAACGGUUGUCUUUCAACAAAGAUACAGUAAUACAUGUAAUUUUGUAACUUAUUUUUAUGAUUUAUUUCUGAGGAAGCUUUUUCUUUUUAAUUUAAUUAUUUUUGGCUGUGUUGGGUGUUUGUUGCUGUGCGCGGGCUUUCUCUAGUUGCGGCGAGCAGGGGCUACUCUUCGUUGUGGUGCGCGGGCUUCUCAUUGCGGUGGCUUCUCUUGUUAUGGAGCAUGGGCUCUGGGAGGAGGAAGCUUUUUUAAAAUAAUAUUUAUUUAUUUAUUCGCUUGUUUGUUUCGGCUGUGCCAGGUCUGAGUUGCGGUAUGCACGUGGGAUCUAGUUCCCCGACCAGGGAUCGAACCUGGGCCCCCUGUGAUGGGAGCCCAGGGUCUUACCCACUGGACCACGAGGGAAGUCCCCUCGUAGCCUGAGAAACGGUCUAGCGUGCGAGCCAGGCGCAGCCGGGCAGGUGUUGUCUCUCCCAGCACCGCCAAGGACAGUGUGGGAGGAGGCGUGACUGUCCUUUGCCGCUCCAGCCUCAGAGGGAGGGUGGGCAUCUGUCCCAAACUCUGUCCUUUUUUUUUUUUUGCGGUACGCGGGCCUCUCACCACUGCGGCCUCUCCCGUUGCGGAGCACAGGCCCCAGAAGCGCAGGCCCAGCGGCCAUGGCCCACAGGCCCAGCCGCUCCACGGCAUGCGGGACCCUCCCGGACCGGGGCACGAACCCGUGUCCCCUGCAUUGGCAGGGGGACUCCCAGCCACUGCGCCACCAGGGAAGCCCUGUCCUUUUUAUAGUAACUUCUUUUUAAACACUCCUUUAAACUCUCCAAACUCUCUCUUCCGACUAUUCUACCUUGAGGGGAGAUGCCCUGUCGGCCGUCCUGAUGCGCUGCCCUGGGCACCCCCAGGGCUCCCUGUGCUGGAGUCGGACAGCAGAUCGGCAGAGACCGCGGGUCUCCAAGCAGCCCUGUGGCCCAGCCUCUGCCCUCGGCUGUGUGCCGGGGUGGACCCCACGAUCCCCGAAGGCCCCUUCUGCCCUGAAGUCUUCCAUCUGGGCCCGGCUUCCUGUGGCCGUUUCUGGUUUCUCCUUUGAUUGCUCGUAAUCCCCUCACUUCCCCACCAGAAAGCACACCUCCAACCUCGUCUGAACUCUCCUGCGUUGGCAGGGUGGGCAUGAGUCAGCUGUUGCUUUCCUGGCCCUGCGAGGGGUUGAGGCCGCUGGGCUCUGACCCUGGGGCUGCAGCCGGGAGCGCCUCGGCGUUGGGUGUUGCACUAGAGGCUGUCUGUGCCACCCCCCCGGCUCCCCUGUCCUCUCGUGGGCGCCCAGGGGACACUGUGGAGGCCACCCUUACCACUGGCUUCCUCCCAACUGCGGGGCAGGAGUCCUGGGGGUGAGCGCAGGGGCCCCGGUGGUGGGCUGGAGGCCCCACCGUUGACACUGUUUCACUCGAGGACGAGGACGGCCCUGCUUGUCCUACCGCCCGUCCUGGCGGGUGGGGAGCGGCCUGGGGCAGCCCGCGGAGGAUCAGGCAGCAUCUGCAUGUGUGUCUGUGUCUCUGUGCCUGUCUGCAUGUGCUGUGUGUGUUUGUGCCUUAACCUGCACCUCACACGCAGGGCCCUCACUGAGCUCCUGUGGGUCCCGGUUCUCCCUUACAAGUGUGCCUGUCUGUGAUGCCAGCCCCAGCCCACCCUAGUGAUGCCGUGGUGACACAGGCCUGGGUGCGACAUAGUCUGGGAGGCUGGAACCCAGGCAGCUUUUGUCACACAUGGUGCAGUGCCCGAGGUGCAUGCAGUGCGACACCAAGUUUGACUUUCUCACCAGGAAGCACCACUGUCGCCGGUGUGGGAAGUGCUUCUGCGACAAGUGCUGCAGCCAGAAGGUGGCGCUGCGGCGUAUGUGCUUCGUGGACCCCGUGCGGCAGUGCGCUGAGUGCGCCCUGGUGUCCCACCGGGAGGCCGAGUUCUACGACAAGCAGCUCAAGCUGCUCCUGAGUGGAGCCACCUUCCUGGUAACUUUUGGAAACUCGGAGAAGCCAGACACGAUGGUCUGUCGUCUUUCCAGCAACCAGAGGUACCUGCUUCUGGACGGGGACAGUCGCCACGAGGUCGAGGUCACGCGCAUUGCCGCCGUGCAGAUGCUCACGGAAGGCUUCCCUCCUGGAGAAAAAGACAUGCACACUUACACCAGCCUCCCGGGGAGCCAGCCCGUCUCUGAAGGAGGCAACGCGCGGGCCACAGGCAUGACCCUGCAGUACACGGCGCCAGGGGCGGAGGGCGUGACGCAGCUGAAGCUGACGGCCGGGGAGGACGCAAACGGCAGCAGAAGGCAGGCGACAGCAUGGCUGGUGGCCAUGCACAAGGCUGCCAAGCUUCUCUACGAAUCUCGGGACCAGUAACGCCACGUGGGCUGGAUAGUCCGCUAGGGGCAGCAGCACCUGCUCGCCGAGCACGCACAGGCGCAACUAACCCUACACGUGCUGGAAACGCAACUCAAGUACUCGGAGCUUACCUAGUGCAAUAUGUACACAGUUGAUUAAUGCUCAGAACACCUCGUGCUUUAGAAUUUGUCUCAUCGAUGCCUAAUUGGGGGUGGGAGAGACUGAGCUACACUACUGCUAAAAUCUUUUUAGCAUAAUCUAUACCAUGUUUUUAUGAGUGCCCAAGUUUACUAGAUAGUUCUGGCCCCUUGAUGUUUGUUCCAUUAAUUCUUCCACAGAAGUGAUCUGGGCAGUGGUGACCUGGCCUGAUUUGUACUGGAGCGCAUCUCACAGACUGCCCGUUCAUGUGUCACUCAUCUGGGGCUAUGAACAAACCUUUGCUACUUCACAGGGAAAGGAACAAGAUUUGUGUUUUGUACUUUUCACUAUUUCCCUUUAUUAAAAUAAUUGUACAACAAUUUGUAUAUAAAGCUUACGAUUAAAACCUAUUUUGAAAAUACGGA